AUGGGCUGCACAAACUCAAUCACGGUACUAAAAUCAUCUUUAAGUAUAGGACAAACAGUGCAACCUCAUUUAACUGUAACUUCAGUACAAAAACAUGAACUGAGUGAAGACGAAAAACGUAUAAUUCUGUCAACAUGGCAUAUCAUGACAAAGGACUUAUCUGAGAAUGGACUACAAGUGUUUCUAAGGAUAUUCGAAACAUGCCCUGAAACUAAAGUGUUAUUUCAUGUGGAAAAUGCUCGAUUGUCUGAACUUGCAAGGAAUCAAGUAAUAAAAGGACACGGAACGCGGUUUAUGAAUGCAAUAGGUGCUGCUGUAAGUUGUUUGAAUGAGACCAGUGGACAGCCGGACAAGCUUAGAGAAGUGUUAUAUAUUCUUGGUCAACAACACAAGAACUAUUCAGGUUUCAAACCAGAAUAUUUUGAGGUUUUUUACAAGGCACUUAUUUGGCGUUGGGAAUUCUGCAUUAAAGAGAAGUUCACACCGGAAGUAAUGGAUGUAUGGAGUCGGGUGUUUAUAUAUAUGAUGGAAGGGCUUAAGGAAGGUUAUUUUUCAAAAGAAAUUCCGAAAUAAACACUCAUCAUACGAAUACAUUAACACAACUGAAUUUUGGAUUUGACUCGAGAUGAGUCUGAUUGAUGACUGAUUAUAAAUACUUAACAAGUAUUUAGAAAAAUAAAAAGAUGCAUUAUAAUAGUAUCAUAUCAUAAAUUGUCUUCAUUGUAGGAAACAAAUGAUCAUUGUAUUAUUAUAUGUUAUUUUUUAUUUGAUGAAUCUCAGGUUAAAAAG